AUGACGGACGGCAUGGUGACGCGCGCUCGUGCUGUAGAUGAUCAGCUCUCGGCAAUGGCCGAACAGCUGGCUCGUCACGACGCUGCCCUCACGAAGCUGGACUCUCUUUGUUCCACGGUGCAGCUCCAUUCUGAUUCUUUUGAAGUCCUCCGCAAGACCCAGGCAGAGUCAUUCGAAGCUCUGCGUAGCUCGAUGGCUUCCCAGCAAAACAUCCUCACCGAGAUGAUGAUAAAGCUUCAAAGUCUUGACAGAUCCACAUCAUCUUCGUCCCAACCUCCACUUCUUCCUUUACCAUCACCACCACUUCAUCCUCAUCAUCCUCACUUAGCCUUACCCUCUCCUUCGUUCCAAUCAAACUCGUCCGGCUCUUUUAACCGUCCUCCCAAAAUCAUUGUCCCUGCUUUUUCCGGUGAGGACGUCAUGGGUUGGUUGUUUCAGAUGAAUCACUACUUCGUCUUCAACCACAUACCCGACGACCAGCGCUUGGACAUCGCAACCUUCUACAUGGCUGGACCGGCGCUGCAGUGGUUUCAAUGGCUCCAUUCUACAUCUCAACUGUCCAAUUGGGAAUCCUUUGUUCGCCAAAUCGAACUCCGAUUUGGGCCUUCGUCAUUCAUCAAUCAUGAAGCCAGAUUGUUCAAGCUCCGCCAAACUUCCACGGUCACGGCCUAUCUCCAGGAAUUUGAGGGUUUGUCCAAUCGUGUUCCUGGCCUCAGUCAACAAAGUCUCCUAAACUGUUUUCUCUCCGGUCUUCGGGAUGAGAUUCAACGGGAACUCUAUAUGGUGAAACCAACCUCUCUUCAUGAUGCCAUGGGAUUAGCAAGAUUGGUGGAGGAUAAGUGCAACGCUGGCCGUUUGAGUUUCAAUCGACCACCAUAUCCUCGGCUGCUUCCUGCUCCGUCCACACCACCAGGACCCCGGCCUGCACCUCUUCCUAUCAAGAGGCUAUCACCGGCAGAAAUGGCUGCGAGGAGAGAAAAGGGCCUCUGCUUUAAUUGUGACGCCAAGUUUGUCCCGGGUCACAAGUGUAAACCAGCCGUGUUUCUCUGUUUGUUGGUGGAUGCUGAGGAUCCGCCGCCGGCGGAUGUGGAACCUGCACCGGAUGAAUCCACUCCUCUACCCACGACUCCUGAAGAAGAGAUGGUGAUUCCAGAAGAGCCUAGUAUAUCCUUCCAUGCUUUAAUGGGACAACUGGUUCCCUCUACACUGAAGCUAGCCGGCACAAUCAACGGCCAUAACGUCGUCGUCCUGGUCGAUGGGGGCUCGACGAACAAUUUCAUUCAAUCCCGACUGGCCGCUCAUCUCCACUUACCAAUUCAGGCAUCUGCACACAUGCGGGUCACCGUGGGAAAUGGCGAUGCGCUGUCCUGUGGGGGUGAAUGCAUCGGCGUGCCAUUGAUGAUCGGAGGUGCGACAUUUAAUGUUGAUCUCUUAUUACUGCCUAUUUACGGUGCUGAUUUGGUCCUAGGCGUCCAAUGGAUGCUGCGAUUAGGUCCAAUUUUAUUUGAUUAUGAAAAUUUAUGGAUGGAGUUUAAUUACAAUGGGAAUCGGGUUCGGUUGACUGGGCUUACUCAACCCCAAUUUAAUCUGAUUCGGACGGCGGCAUUACAAAAAUCGGGCUCGGACAACAUGCAAUUCUAUCAUCUUACCAUCACAUCCAGUGACCCGCACCCGAUUCCAUUAGACUCGGAUGCCCCUCUGAGCUUUAUUAACGCCGUCAGUUCUCUCCUUCGCGAGUUCACAGAGGUCUUUUCCACACCAGCUGGCCUUCCACCGGGGAGAGAGCAUGAUCACCAUAUUCCUCUGCUACCAGGUGCGCCACCAGUCAACGUGAGGCCGUAUCGAUAUCCGUAUUUCCAGAAAUCUGAAAUUGAGAAGUUGGUGGGUGAGAUGAUGACCGACGGCCUCAUCCGGCCAAGUACGAGCCCCUUCUCCUCUCCGGUUCUCCUUGUGAAGAAGAAGGACGGUACAUGGCGCUUUUGUGUGGAUUAUCGAGCUCUCAACGCCGUCACAGUAAAGGAUCGCUUUCCCAUUCCGACGGUGGAGGAAUUGCUUGAUGAAAUUGCCGGUUCCUGCGUCUUCUCUAAGUUGGAUCUGCGUUCAGGCUACCACCAGAUUAGAAUCCACCCCACUGAUGUGGAGAAGACGGCCUUUCGUACCCAUGACGGGCACUACGAAUUCUUGGUCAUGCCCUUCGGCUUGACGAACGCACCGUCAACGUUCCAGUCCUUGAUGAAUUCGAUCUUCAGGCAAGUACUUAGAAAAUUUGUACUUGUUUUUUUUGAUGACAUUCUUGUUUAUAGUCCAGACUGGAAUUCUCAUGUGGGACACUUGCGCGACGUGUUGGAGAGAUUGCGCAAUCAUCGCCUGUUCGCUAAACUUUCCAAAUGUGAGUUUGGGUGCACGAAGAUUGGGUACUUGGGACAUGUUAUCAGUGGUGACGGGGUUGCUGUUGAUCAAGACAAAAUUCAAACAAUUCAGGAUUGGCCGCUUCCUACUUCAGUAAAGGGCCUGCGAGGCUUUCUGGGGCUUUGCGGUUACUACCGGCGGUUCGUGGCUCACUAUGCUACAUUGGCUGCCCCAUUGACAGAGCUCUUGAGGAAGGAUGCGUUCAUCUGGACCUCCUCCGCUACUCAAGCAUUUGAACAAUUGAAGGAAGCCUUAACCCGCACCCCUGUUUUACAAUUGCCAAAUUUCAACGAACCAUUCGUGGUUCAAACUGAUGCCUCGGGUACUGGUGUUGGCGCCAUUUUGAUGCAACAAGGCCAUCCUUUGGCUUACUUUUUAGUCGUCUACCAAAUCCGCGCCUUCAAGCCGCUUCCACAUACGCCAGGGAGAUGUUUGCUAUCACAGAGGCAGUCAAGAAAUGGCGUCAGUAUCUUCUCGGUCGGCGCUUUACAAUUCAGACCGACCAUCGCAGCCUUCGUUCAUUGUUACACCGGACCAUUCAAACUCCAGACCAACAGCGGAUCAUUGAAUGGACCGGCAGAUGCUCUGUCCCGCGUUCAAGGUGUAUCUUAUCAUUCUCUGUUCGCCAGUUCACAACCUCACCCUAUUAUUUGGGAUGCACUGCGUCACGCGUAUGCCGCUCACCCUGAAACAACACAGUUAAUUUCGGCGGUUAUAGCAAAUCCUGGUGACCACCCCAAUUAUGCAAUUAGAGAUGGUAUCUUGUUCUUCAACAACAAAGUCUGCAUUCCUGAUGAGUCGGCGCUUAUUCCAUUACUUUUGGCUGAAUUUCAUGCUACGCCAUCGGGGGGUCACGCUGGCAUUCAGCGCACCAUGGCUCGAAUCACCAGUGUCUUUCAUUGGCCAGGAAUGCUCAAAACAGUCCGUGAUUUUGUCUCACAGUGCCCCACAUGCCGAGCUUCCAAGCCGCUUUAA